CCAUUUUGGCUCACGCCCUCUUGGCUCAGCACCAGCAUCGUUCGACUAGGGCGCGUCGCCGUGCCCCAGCUCCGCCGCGCUCCGCCGAACGAGGCGAUGGUCCACUCGAGCGUGGUCGAGCCCGCGGCCAAGAGGGCCAAGACCACCGACCUGGCCGCGCUCCGCGCGUUCACCUACGGGGAGCCCAAGGUCAUCGCCGAGAUCGGCUGCAACCACCGGGGCGAGAUCGAGACCGCGAAGGAGCUGCUCACGCUCGCGAAGGAGGCGGGCGCGACAGUGGGCAAGUUCCAGAAGCGGUGCCCCAGAGAGCUGCUGACGCCAGACCAGUACAACGCGCCCCACCCGAACCCGCAGAACUCCUUCGGCUCGACCUACGGGGAGCACCGCGAGUUUCUCGAGCUGAGCCUCGACGACCAUCGCGAGCUGCAGAAGCACUGCCAGUCGAUCGGCAUCGAGUACUCUUGCUCCACCUGGGACCUCACCUCCGCAAAAGAGAUCGUACAGCUGAACCCAUGUUUGAUUAAGGUUGGAUCUCCGUCCAACAUGCAUUGGGACAUGAUGGAGUAUCUUCGCGACCACUAUGCUGGGGAGGUCCACAUUUCCACAGGCAUGACCACCAAGGACGAGAUCGAGCAGAUCGUUAAGUUCUGGGAGGUAGGCGGCCACGCCGCGAACCGCGUCGUGCUGUACAAUUGCACCUCUGGAUACCCCGUGCCGUUCAAGGACGUCUGCCUGCUCGACAUCCGGCUGCUGCAGGAAAAGUACCAGCACCGCGUCAAGUGCAUCGGCUUUUCGGGGCACCACCUGGGCAUUGCCAUAGACGUUGCGGCAUACGCGAUGGGCGCGCAGUGGAUCGAGCGCCACUUCACCAAGGACCGCACCUGGAAGGGCACCGACCACGCCGCCUCCCUGGAGCCCGCCGGUCUCACGAAGCUCGUCCGCGAUCUCGACGCCUGCUACACCGCCUGCACCUACAAGGAGACCGACAUCUUGCCGCUGGAGUCGGAGCAGCGUGCGAAGCUGAAGUGGGGCCUGUACAAUAAGGAUAUCGUGGCCAAGCUGAAAGAUCGCCGCCCCAUCUAG